AUGACUUCUUAUUCAACCUACUUCAAUAUCCCAGGGGUUUCGCAAAACUACUCUAAAUUUAGACCAACUUAUCCAAAUCAAAUUUAUGAAGAAAUUUUAAGCUAUAUUCAUCAAUAUGCCAAAAAAUCUUCUUGGAACCUUGCUGUCGAUGUUGCAUGCGGACCAGGACUAUGUACGCAACCGCUUGGUAAAUAUUUUAAACAAGUUAUCGGACUCGAUUACAGCCAUGCUCAAAUUACAGAAGCUAAAAUCAUCAACCAGACCCAUAAUGUACAAUUCCAAACUGGUUCAGCAUAUGAAUUGCCUUGCGAUGAUAAUAGUGUCGACCUAGUAACUUGUGCACAAGCGCUACAUUGCUUGGAUGAAGAAAAAUUCUUCGCUGAAGUAGAGCGUGUUCUAAAACCCGGAACAGGGUGUCUAGCUUUAUACUCAUAUAAAGUUUGCUCCAUUUCUAAUUGUGACAAAGCUAACCAACUAUUAAGUCAUUUUAUUAACGUGACUUUGCGAGAUUAUUUUGUCAAGAAAUGGUAUAACGACACUGCUUAUGGCCAUGUUAUUCUACCUUACUGUGAUCACACCAAGAAUGAAUCUAUGUCCAUGACUGGCAGUAUGUCACUAGAGGAUUUUAUCAAUUUUAUUAAAUCAUGGGCUACAUAUCAUCGACUUUUACAAGAUGCUACUACUGAUCCAUUGCCAGAAUUAAGAGUAAAAUUACAAGAGGCUUUAAUGGAGACUACCGGAGCUGAUAUUAUUGAAUAUCGCUUUCCAGUAUUUUUACUACAAUGGCGUAAACCGUAA